AUGGAGCAAAACCUACCAAUAAUCACAAAAAAGCUGUAUAACAUGGUUAAACUAUCCAUCUUAAUGCUAAGUAAAGGUAUUUCCAAGAAGAAAUUACUCUUGGACCUCAACUUGAUGAUGAAGAGAGGUAAAAAGACCUUUACCAUUGGCAAAGUCUCCACCACACAAGAGUACAAGUUCAAUUGCAAAAACACAACCUUAUACCAUCACUACUACUACUACUACUCGCCCUCACCAUGUUUGGAAGAUACCGAUGAAUCGGAAUCUAUUAACAAGGUACUAGACGCUAUUAUCUCUAGUAAAGGUAGUAACCCUCGGAAUCUAAGGCUAACAGACUCUCCAUUUCCUUCACAAAAUGAACAAAGUAUUCGUGAUGAACGUGUGGAUGACGCAGCUGAGGAGUUUAUUCAGAGGUUUUACUCGCAGCUCAAGGAGCAAAGUUGUUGCUAG